GCCGACAGAAGGACAGAAACACACGACCUCUGAAAAAUGGACCAAACUCUGUAUUUCAUUCUUCUUCUCAUUGCUCUCUGCUUUGUAUCUGAAUGUGUUCAGCGUCAGUAUCACUUUAUAAACGAGAGGAAGACCUGGACUGAAGCUCAGAGAUACUGCAGAGAGAAAUACACAGAUCUGGCCACCGUUGACCACAUGACCGACAUGAACGAGCUGAACAAGAGUGUGAAUGGUGGAAGUGUUCAGUAUGUCUGGAUUGGGCUGCAGAAGACGGGUCGUGAUGAAUGGCAGUGGUCUUCAGGUGAACCUGCGCUCUAUCUGAACUGGGCUACUGGACAACCAGAAGGCACAGAUUAUUGCGCUGGGAUGAGAAAUGGACAAUGGAAUGAUUUGCCAUGUAGUGAUAACCGAUAUUUCAUCUGCAACAACAACGCUGAACUGAUUGUGAUCAGAGAGAAUCUGACGUGGUCUGAAGCUAUGAGAUACUGCAGACAGAAUCACGUGGAUCUGGUCUCGGUUCAUUCAGAAGAGAUGCAGCGUCGUGUGAUGAACGUGGUUAAACGGGCGUCUACUGCGGCGGUGUGGUUGGGUUUACACAACUACUGCAGCAUGAACAUGUGGUUCUGGCUGAGUGGAGAGAUGGUGUGCUAUCAGAACUGGGCUCCAGGGAACGGGACUACACGGGAAAACUGCAGCCUCGAGAGGAGAAAAGGAGCAGUUCAGUCUGGAGGAGAUCAGCGCUGGAUCAACCUUCCUGAAUCUCACAAACUCAACUUCAUCUGCAGCAGAUAUUAAGAGCGAGGAACACGCUAAUGUGUUUCCUUACAAUAGCAGUUUU